AUGGGAGUGGGGGUCCUGCUGCGGCCACCCCCGCUGCUGCUGCUGUUGCUCUUGGGACUGCAGGGUCAAGUUCUAGAGGUCCAGGCCCAAGCCUGCUCUGUGGACAACGGCAUCGUUAACAUUAAGGAGAAUACAACUUACACUGAACCACUGGUGAACAUCACUGUCCCCGAUGGCCAGCAAGUGACUAUCGCGUCCUCGACCCCGGAUUCUGCCUUUGAGAUCCGAAACAACCAGCUAUUUCUUAAAAUAAUUCCUGACUACGAGGUGGGGUCCUUGAUGCAGGUGCUCCUGGACUGUAGGCGGGGGGACACAGUGGUGACCCAGUUGAGGGUGUUCGUGACGGUGGACGACAUCAAUGACAACCCGCCUAACUUUGGCUUCAAUAUCAAAGAUGUCAAUGUGAGCGAGGACACCAAGGUGAACUCCAUUGUGAUUCCAGAGACAGAACUGAAGGCUGAGGACCUUGACAAAAUUGACACCUUGUUCUACACCCUCCAGGAAGUCACCCCAGGUACCACCGGUUUCUUUUCCCUGGUGGGCAUAAACAACCCUGCCCUGAGACUGGACAAGCAGCUAGAAUUCGACAAGUGUCAAAAGAUGACCUUCCAUCUGGUUGUGCGGGACACGCAGGCAGAGAAUGUGGAGCCCAGUUACACAGCUACAGCCACACUGAUCAUCAAUGUCCUGCCAGCUGACCUGCGUCCCCCCUGGUUCCUACCCUGCUCCUACUCAGACAAUUAUGUCUGCGUCCAAGCUCAGUACCAGGGAGCUGUCCCGACAGGACACAGACUGCCAAGUCCCCUCAUCCUGCAUCCGGGACCUAUCUAUGCUGUGGACGGGGACCGCGCCAUCAACCAGCCUAUUAUAUACAGCAUCAUAAAUGGAAAUCAGGAUGGUGUGUUCUCCAUUAAUGAGUCCUCGGGCAACCUCACCAUGACCAAAGGCAUCUCCAGACCUAUGACCUUCAAGCUGGUGGUCAAGGGUGAGCAGGCUGACUUAACCAAGUACUCAGUGACCCAGGUUUCUGUGGAGGCCCAGGGGGCUGCUGGAGGCCAGCCGAGCUUCCCCCAGAGCCUGUACCGCGGCACCGUGGCCCCGAACCUGAACGCUGGUGCGGUCGUCAGGGAUGCAGCCAACCCUUCUCAGGCUCUGAGACUCCAAGCUAAGGACCCCGAUUUCCCGAACCUCAACUCGGCCAUCACAUACAAUAUCACCAACCACUCCGACUUUCGGAUGGAGGGGGAGACUGUGGUGACCACGGUCAUACUGAAGAAUGUGGGAGUCAUCUACGUAGAGGUUGAAGCUAAUAACACAGUGACGCUUGCCACGGCAACCACGGUGGUGGAGAUUCAAGUUCGAGAACAGUUCAUCCCCACAGGUGAGCCCCCAGGCUCCCCGACCCCCUCAGAGGCUGGAGUAACAACGGGACCCUCAAGCAUUGUCACCUCCGAAGGCCUCAGGCCCCCGGGAUCCUCUCAGGGACCCUCCACGUCCACCUCUGGGGGCGGCACUGGCCCAUUCCCACCCUCGGGUACGACUUUGAGGCCACCUGCCUCGCCCACACCAGGGGGGACCCCCAGUGUGGGAACCAGCAUGUCUCCCUCACCAGCCAUACCCAGCAUCGGGGGCUCACCAACAACCACAAUGCUAGGACCGUCUCGGUCAACAUCCCCGGGCUCCAUCAGGCCCCCCGGGUCCACCAGGCCCCCUGGGCCCUCUCAGACACCCUCCACAACUACCUCUGGUGGGACCACUGGUCCACACCCACCUUCGGGUACAACUUUGAGACCACCUGUCUUGACCACGUCUGGGAGCCCCCCCAGUGUGGGAGCCAGUACCUCCCCAACACCAGCUAUGCCCAGCACCAGGAGCUCAGCACCAACCACAUCGCUAGGACCCUCUCAGAUGACACCCUCAGGGUCCGCCAGGACUACGGGGUCCUCAGGCGGUGGCCACUCUGAGGACCAGCUCUUCUCAGUGGCAGAGAUGGCUGUGCUGGGCGGCGUGCUGGGUGGACUCCUGCUUCUGGCCCUGCUGGUCCUGGGACUGCUCAUCUACAAGCACCACAGACACAGAUUCAAAUGCUCCUCUGGCAAAUCGCAGGAACCCCUCUCUGGAGACUUUGACAACCAGUCCUUUGAAACAGACGAGGGCAAAGUCAACUGGGAACCCGCCCCCAGCCCCGCCCCCAGCCCCAUUCCGGCCAAAGCUCAGCCCCCCAGCCCUGAACCCCAGCCCGAGCCGGAGCCGGAGCCCCGCGCGCUCCCCAGCCCCACGCUCCCCACGACUGCCCGGGCAGAGGACAGUCCCGCCGCCGUGAGAUCCAUCCUGACCAAGGAGCGGCGGCCUGAGGGGGGCUACAAGGCCGUGUGGUUUGGCGAAGACAUCGGAGCUGAGGCAGACGUGGUGGUCCUCAACGUGCCCACCAUGGACGACGCGGAAGACUCAGGCAGCGAGGGCAGCGCUGACGAGGACACCGACCCAGGCCCGGCCAGGGAUGUCAGCAGUGAGCCAAAUGACAACUCCACCUAUGUUUACUCUUCCCCACUGAGCCUCCAUUACGGUGCGGGAGCCGCCGGACGUGCAGAACCUGAGCUGUUGCUACCGCCCACUCCAGGUGUUGAGGGACCCAAACCGCGGGUCCUGACUCGGGACUUCCUCGGCCCCACCCCCUGA